AUGCCACUGCACGCGCACGGCGUGCUCUGCAUGUCCAUGGGCUUCCUCAUGCCCGCUGACGUGGCGGCCGUGUGGCACAGGGCCAUGGUGAUGGCGGUGGUGGAGAAGCUUGUAAGGGGGACAGACGGAGUGGGGGCGGCUGGACGUGCUGCUGGUGGACAUGCCGCCCGGCACAGUCGGGGUGAGGCGCAGGGCUCGCCCACUCCCACUACUUGUGCAAACUCACGCUUCAUCCAGCCCUUUCUUCCCCUCGCCCCCUUUCUUUUCCCUUGCCCACUCUACUCUCCUUCCCGCCGCCCCCUCUCUCUCCCCAUUUCCUCUGCCUGCCUCCUCCCCUCCUUCCUCACCCCUCCCCCCUUCUGCUCUCCUUCCCCCCGGCCCCUCUUCUUCUCCCCGCCCUUCUCCUUUUCCCCACCCCUUCCCCCUUGGCCCCUUUCCUCCCCUCCUCCCCGCCCCCUUCUGGUGGUGGCUGCCAGGAAGGCGCCGUGGUGGAGUGUGGCGCUGUUCGGUGCUCCCAGUGAUGGCCGGACCAGCAAUGACAAGAGUUGGUGGUGGAGAGAGUUGGUGAUGGAGAGAGUUCGAUCCGGCGCUGGAGGUGAUCAACUUCCUGCACUGCACCUGCCAGCCGUGCAGAUCCACGCCAGCGUGGCAGCGUCGCUGGCAGAGAAGAAGCAGAAGCGUGUGCUGUUUGAGGGGCUCAUGGAUCGGAUCAAGCACAUGCUGCCACCCGCUGACAUGGAUGAGGUGAUUGGAGCAACAGCGAUGGUCUACACCCACGCUGCUGUCAAGCUGUCAGAUCUCUCCCUGACCUUUACCAGGCAGCAAGACAUGUCCCGAUCUGUGAAGCUGCCCAAGGAGCAAAUGACCGACUCAUCCACAUGCUACCAGACGGCCAUAGCCUUCUGUCAAAUGGCGAUCAGCAUUGCCUUCCCCAUCGCCUCCUUCAGCGCUGGUGGGAGAAUUGAUUUCUCCCUACCUCCUCUUCUCCCUACCUCCUCUUCUCCCCUGCUCUUCAAGAGUGCUCCCGCGACGAGAUGGCCGACGCCUUCCUCGAGGUGGGUGUGCGAGGAUGCGUGCCUGCGUACUGCAUGGUACAAGCCGGUGCUGAAACGUCUCAAAACUUCCCCGCCCUCGGCAGUGGAAUCCGAUGGGCAGCGCACGCCGUCUCUUUCUGACGUCCCUCCUUUAAAAGCCACUCUCUGA